AUGGAUGGUGACGACCCACCUGUGGUCUCGGCGAGCCCAGCAGUCGCUGGUAGUACCGGGAUGCCGUGUGUGUAUGAGGUCAGCGAAGUGCCACGCACACGAUUCCCUUCGGCACUGCUGCUGAGGGGAAGCAUGCCCGAAACAGACGACGUCUCGCAGAGUGGAGGAUGCGCAGCGCAUGCUUUAACGGCCGCUACCGCAGCAGUCGUGGCCGUCGCACAUGCAGCGCCACGGCCCACCGUUGGCCACAGCAACGGCAAAGACAGUGUUGCGCUGAGCAGGCAAGACGACGACAGAAGUAAAGUCGAUAUGGCUUUCGUGAACGCGUCGUUGCAGCCCCUUACGCGGAGCGAAUCGGGUGCUGCGAGGCACCUGAGCUACAAUGGUGGCAACAACAGCACUGGAGGUGGACUGAAAAGCCGCGGCAGCAACGCAGCAGCAGUCGCCGUUCCCUUCUGCGGUCGUGUUGCGUGGACUCGCCAAACAACGCCGGAACCGUUUCAACGAGAUGGUGACGUGCUGUGUGCAGCAGAAGCCCUCCACUCAUCCACUACAGCCGGCGCAGACGACAAGGACGCCCCUCAAAGUGCAAUGGCAUCAGUAUCCUCGCAGCGUGUGCACUUCGUACCGGACAAUUCGCCGACAGCGACGGCUACGGAUGUGUUUGAGUUACCGGCGACGCCUCCUCUAUCGCCAGAGGGCGCAUACAACCCAUGUGAUGAUAUGGACAACCUUCUGCACUCACGCCGUCAUCGUCACUGCUACACCAACACGGAUUCGCCGGGGCUGGGUGGAAGCGACAGGGUGCAGACCUGGUCUGCUGCAUCGUCGGCGUCCUCAGCGCCACACUCCACAGCUGAGACGCAAUGGUGCAACACGAGUGAGGCUUCGGAGCCGGACUUGCACGAGAUAACUCUGCCCAUCAUGGACACGUCGACAGGCCGCUUAACGGCCGUAUCGUCUGUGUGUGGUGGCGAGGCUUCGCUGGUGACCACCAAUGCGCAAACAGCCGAUACGGGCGCGAACGGGUGUUCGCCUAUCUCUGUGUCUGCCGUCAUGUCGCCCAACCGACAGAGCAUCGCUGGCUUGCAACAAUCAUCAAAGGGGAGCGGCCGGAGACGCAAGCGGUUGUGUGACACAUCAGCGGUGCAGUCAGAGAGACACAGCUGCUGCUGCUGCUGCAGCGGCCAAGGCGAUACCUCGCCUGUCUCCCUCGAAAAGUUUGUUACACGGAGUGCUGGGAAACCGAUGGACGACGCCCCCUCGUCUUUGGUGGCAUCGCUCUCGCAGAAGCAGAUCGAGUCACUGGACGGCAAUACCCACACCCCUACGUCAACAGAGGCGACGACGGCAACCACACUCACCACGAUGGAGUCUGGCAGUGCCCCCAAUCCCUCCAGCUCCCAUUGCUCACUACAGUCGGUUGAUUCGCACCACGCGCUCCAACGCAGCGCGUCUCUCUCCAGGAUGUGUGUGCCUCGACAAGAGAUGGCCCCAUCACUGCAUCCGCCAAUGCCCAUUCGCCCAGGCGGUGCUGUGGUGGCAAGCACCAUCCUGGGGGUAUCCGUUCGAAGCCCGGUGGAAACGGCCACCUCUCUCAUGCUGCCGAUGCUCAUGGUUGGCAGCACCGCGUCGCUGAUCGCCUUCCCACGAUCCGACACUGCGUUUCCGCUUCGGACAACACUCAACACGCUCACCAAGUCAGUCGGCGACGAGUCGCAGCAGCCCCUUUCACAACUCCACGACCAAGGGGACGAGGGCAACGCAGACCAACCUCCGCUUACACCCACCGCACCUGUCGUCACGCCAGCCGCGCAGCACCUGUCGAACUCCAUCGCAGCAGCGCGGCGCAAGAACCUCGAUGACAGCUCUGUCACCUCAUCGCGACAGCAGGAGCAGCAGGCGCCUUCUCGUCAAUCCAAGCGCGAGGAAGCAAACGUCACUGAGAACGGGUCCUCGAACUCGCUCUCUGCUCUACCGCAGCAGAGCCUCCGCAACUUCACCGUGACCUCAGCCACCUCCUUCUGUGUCGACAACGCCGCCACCGCGUUCGACCCGCGAAGUAAGACUGCGGAGCAUAGCAGUCUCCACACCAGCGCCAUCUCCAUGCGGCAAAGCUCGGCGAUGUCGGAAGACCAAAUCCUGCAGACGCUUGCCCACGGCAUGGCGCUGGGGGGUGUUUUGACAGGUCCGUGGAAAGCAGCGCAGGACAACUCAACGCCAACACCGCUCAAGCCGUGUGCGAGUGACCCAGGGAACUGGCACCUAACGGGCAGGUCGUUCGCGUCGCAGCAACCCCCGCCCCCGCCCUCGCGCUCAGUAGUCUCGGGUGCGAUGAGCGCCGACUGCGGCACGCAACCCAGCCCCACGAACUGCACCACAAGCCCGUGUGGCUCCUCGCUGAUGGUGCCGCACAUGCACAGAGAGGAGAUGUCUCUAUACCUGGGUAGUGGUACGCAAACGUUGCGCUCACGCGACCAGAGCCCGGCAGCAGGGCUUGCCGCGCCCCCGACGCACUUCUCGGAACUGCAGAUGCAGCGAGGGAGACGAAGUAGGAUGAGCUCUACGAAACCUGCGGGAGCGCGGGUAGCGCGGGGAGCAAGGCCGGCGCAGAUGCGCUUUCCCGUAUCCGUGUCAGCAGCAAGCGGGGCUGACGAAGCCGCGGAGACUGGCAGUCAUUUACUUACACAUGGCUCCUUCGCUGCCGUUCUGUCCAGCCCCACCAAGCGGCGCAGGGGGCUGCCAAGCCCUGGCUACUUGUGGGCAACGGCUGAAGACUCUCUGCGGGACGCCGGUGGCUCCAGCGCCACAACCCUGCCUGCCUUGCUCUGCUCUGCCCUUCACACUGAGCGCUCGCUUGCCACACCAAUGCGCGGGUACAGCCUCACGCAGCGCUCCAGUGGGCCGAGCGUGGAGGGGGUCAUCUUCUCUGCAGGCAGCACCCCGAACCUGCUGGGUUGUGUAGAGGCCGGUGUGACGGCGUGGUUGCCCGCGGUAAGCAGUGACAACGCUGCAAGGCAACUCAGCGGUGACCGAACAGUGAUGCUGCGACACAAUGACAGUAGUACAGCCCAUUACCACGUUCUCGGCAGUGGUGUCUUCAGCAUUGCCGACAGCGGUGUCGCUGUCGGGGCGCCGAUGGAAGCAUUGCGUGCGGAGCGGUUUACUUUUCUGCAGUCUGUGCAAGACGUCGGUGGUCUUGCUGCUCAGGCGGAGACGGGUGCCUUGCUCGGCGGCGCGGAUGCUGUACCGAGCUUACUGGGCGAGGAAAUAGCCGAGCCGGCGGCGAUGGUCACCCCGACUGUGUCACCCCCGACGCCCAUGCCAUCCUCUGUCCCCGCGCCCCACCCCACGGUUGGAUUUGUGUCCGGGUGGAUGCGGCGGAUUCCCGCUGGAAGGGUGUCGACGACUUUUCCCUUCAACACUGCGGGCACAGCCGCCUCCUCACUGGCGAAGAAAGCGGCGGUGUUAUCAGGAAACUCCAGCGAGUCACCCGAUGGAGCCCGUGAGCGCAUAUCGGCACUGCGGAUGGCCGCAGAGCCGAUGCGCGUCGCUAACGACGGUGUUGCUACGGCGUCGAUCACACCUAUGGCUGAGACGUCGUCUGUGCGUCGAUCACCACCACCGGCACCGGCGAUGUUGUCCCGUCUUUCGCUGACGCGGAACCACUCCUAUCAGAUCCCUGGGUCGGAGAUUUCGGCAGCCGCGGAGCUACGUCGCACCUCCUCCUCCCCCUGCGCCACCCCUCCUUGGGCCAUAGGCGGCGCCAACGAUUUGGUGGCGGCAGUGGCGACCCCACCGCUGCCACGGAUGGUGAGCCUGAAGGACAACGUCAGCGCAAGGCCCCGCGAGGGUACGAGGAACGUGUUUCAGCCCGUGCUGCCGCUUGCUCAAGAAGAAAACGCGGCCACAUCCUUGAGCUACGAACUAGGGACACCAAAGGCAAUGAGCCGCAUGCCCGCGAGCCGAGUAACAGAUGAAUCAAUGGCCGGGACGGAUCUGCAGCAGCUGUGGUGGACACCGGCAGUCGCGCGUGCCGCGGCGCCAUUCAGAGCCACUGGGACUGAUACCCACCCAACUCCGGUGCAUCCCGAUAGCGGCGAGUCGGGUAUGCACUCCGCCGCGCAGUCCCUCAGUUCCAGCUCGCCACGGGGGCUCUUACCUCAGCAACAGCAGACACCACGUCAGCUGCAGACGUGUGCCUCGGCUCCCAUGCAGCCCUCCCUCUACAGCGUCCAUAACAACGACGAUAAAGGCACCCACCAAACCGCCGACUGCAAGGUCAACGCACGCGCGGGUCCCAUCCGAGGCUCACUGAGUCGUCUUGUCGAACGGGCAGCUGGUAUGGGCGCCGGUGGUGGUGAGGGGUACGGCCAGAGUUGUCGUGCCAACGGCGGGAUGCUCUUCCACAAACGCGGCACGCUCACAGGCGGCAGCGGUCGGUGUCACAAGAAUGGUGGAAAGGGGGGUGGUGGCACAGGCUCACCUCUCCGUAUCUCCAUCCCACGCUAUCAGCGCUAUCGCGACGUCGAGACUCUCCUGGAUGACGCGGAGCGUGCGAUGAGCAAGGCGGCUGUGCCCAUCAUCUCAUUACUUGGCUGCGACGGGCCAUCGUUGAAUGAGGACGAGUACUCGUUUGAGUUGCUUGGCAAUGGCCUGGCGUCGAGUGUGAUGUCUUUGGCGACGCCAGUACCGACGUCUUCCAACGCCGGCAUGGACAUGGGCCUCGUGUCGCCUCUGACGCUAGCGGUGGCGUCCAACAAGCCGGCGGCGAGCCCCACGGGGACGAAGUCAUCCUUUUCCCUCAGUGAGCCCAGUGAACAGUGA